CCCGUGCCUGCCUGCAACAACAAACAUGACCCCAUUGUCGUUGAGGACGACAGCGACAGCACGAGCACCGAUGCAUCUGCAGGCGACCGCCUGCUCCCCAUGUCAAAGAGAGAGCGGCAAGCCGGUAUGCCGCAAUUCCCAAGGGACAACAUUUUCGACAAAGACAGACCCGCGCAGAACAACCUGGUCUGUCCAUUGUUGGUCAUGAGCGACGACAAGAACGUCCUCUGUUUAGCAGACUUUCCAGAUGAUGACGCUCUCUGUGAGCACCUCGAGGAGCAGCACGACGUGACGUUCAACCCUCAUGACGCGGAAUUCUUCGCUCAGGAGUACAAAGAUAUCUAUGCCACACAGGGCAUUACGGCUGUCAUGACUGAGCUGAGAAGCCCGCUGCCUAUGCCGACGACCAUCAAGGAGACAGGGCCACUCACCAAUUUGAGCGACCCAGAUCGUAUGCUUGCCGCCACGCAGCUCUUCUAUGAUACAACAUGGCGAGCGAAAGUCCUUUUACCGGCGAUGCACAAGAUCCUUGCACAAUUUGAGCCGAAGCUUGAGGACUUCGGACCGACCGACCUUCCUCGACAUUUUGAACAGGUCUUUCACUCAACGCACUGUCUGUUGGCCAUCAAAUCUACUGACGAAGCCUAA